AUGCCUUCGGCGGAUCCCAUCCCGGCUUCGCCGGCCCUUCGCGACAAGGCCCCCUCUCCGACUCAUCCCGAUCGGCUUCGGGUCAAUCGCAGCCCCAAAGCCUUUGGCAGCGGCGCUUACUCGCUCGUCGAUCUCCCCGCGGGUGCCCUCUUCGCUACAAUUACUGGCACCACGCCCGGUCACAAGGCCUACACCAGCGUCCAGACAGGGCGGGACACCCAUAUCGAGCUCAAUUCCGAUCUGGUCUACUGCAACCACUCGUGCGCCCCGUCGCUGGUCUUUGACAUGGCCCGCAUGGAGGUGCGCGUCGUGGACGAGAAGCCAUUGAAGGCCGGCGACGCAUUGACGUUCUUCUACCCCAGCACCGAGUGGGAGAUGGACCAGCCGUUCCAGUGCACCUGUGGCGCGAAUGCCUGCCGAGGAUGGAUUUCGGGGGCCAAGACCAUGUCCGCGGAGGAAUUGGAUGGAUACUGGCUUAAUGGGCACAUUGUGCAGUUGCGGAACGAGCGCAAGUGA